GCAUAAAAAGCACAUUCCGUUUGAAAAAGUCGAAGCAUUCCAGAUCCUUCUAAAAAAGUAUAUAUAAAAAGGCUAGGCGCGUUUCUGAUUCGCGCAUGCGCUACUGCAGCUACUCUGACUAGCUUUAUUUUCAUUUUCGAAGUUCGUAGAAAACACAACACGGGUAUACACCGUGUAAAUUCCAAGCCUGACAAAAUGAAAAAGGUUUUUAAAGAUAAAUAGUUUGAUGCAGACUUUCAAUGUGGCAAUCUUGCCCAUGGUAAAUGUCUGAACACAAAAGGGCGAUAGACUAAAUCCCAUCCAAAGUGAGAACGCCAAAUCAAACAUGGUGCUAAUUCCAUUCCAAGAUUCUGUCUCCCAAGCAUCCUAUCCCACAACUAGUAUUUAUCGACCAUCCAAAGCAAAAAUUGUGAUCCUAAAGCAGAGACGGGAUAUUGUUUACAAUAUACCUCUUGGCCAAACUGCAGGUGGUGGAAGCCAGAUAGAUGCUGUUCUUGACGCCUGUCAGUUAAAUGGCUUGGGUGAUAUAAGCAUUGGCUCUUGUCCUAUUGUUGCCAUUCAAGUGCUUGUUGCUGUUAAAGAUAUAUGCUCUGGAGAGAUAUGGGAUUGUGAUGCAAUUGUCAGGCAAAACCAGAUUCUAUUGAUGGGAGAUAGUGGCGAAUUCAAGCUCACUGCGCAUGUGUUGGAGCCUACAGCCUGGGUGUUAGGAAAGAAAACUGAUUUUUAUGGCAAUCAGCUUCCCAAGAAUGAGUGUACACUGGUGUGUUUGCUGCCUGCUGCACAGCCCUUGACUUACAAUGUCAGAUUCACGCUUGUUCAUUGUCAUGGCCUGACAGAUAGAGAGCUUGACUGCACCAACUUUCUCAUUUCGACAUUUGAAAGGGGAUUAGACUUGGCAGACCAGCAAACUGGAGAAUUAGAAAGCAUUGAAAAACCAGUUAAUAAACUUCGCAUGACAGGAAUUCUUGCAUCAAAAAAAGGUCGCACCAUUGUUAAAAAGUUUCAGGAUCUUGGUGAUGAUGGUUUCUAUGAUGAGUUUAUGAGAAAUAAAGACUUGCUUUUUGAGAGGGUAAGCAGUGGAAAGUUACAACUGGAUGCUGACACUUUACUAGCUGUACGGCUUGAGCAAUCAAUUAUUGAAUUUGGCCAGAACCUGAUGGAUGAUUGCCUUGCAACUUGUGAGUCUAUCAUCAAAGAAGCACAUUCUUGCCCAAACUCCUACUUUCUCUGGACAAAGGCUUUCUACAUCAUGUCUGCAGUGCACCGGCAGAGGAAUGAGUAUGCUCUUGGGCAAGAGUACAUGACUCGCUCUACCGAGUGCGUGCAGCCUCUAGCCAUAUGCGAAGAAACUGCAGUGAACCGUUACAACAUGGGCGCCCUGCUGGCAGAGAGAGCCGCAACAGAGGGGAUCUCAGAAGACCAGAUGAAGCAAGCAGAACAAUACUUCGAGCAAGUAGAGUUGCUAUGGAAAGAACAAAAGGAAAAUCCUAGCAACCGUGACGUCAUUCGAUCCUAUAUUCGGCUAAUCAUGCUUCAUCUCAAGUCCUCUCGCAAGUCAUUCCCAAGCACAAGGGACGAGAUUCAUAUGGACAGGAUCUUGCGAGCGCAAAUGGUGGUGAACCAUGUUGAGCACCACCUCAUGUCGUCCUGUCCGGGCCGUCUACGUGCUACUUUCCUGAUAAGCAAGGCAGACGUGUACAUCCGCAAGGCCCUUGUCAAAGGAAACGAUCAACUCACAACCCUUGACGACCGAGCAGCGGAUUUGCGCAAAGCGCAAACUGUCCUUCAGGAAUCCCGAAGAAUAAGCAAACGACUCAAGUUGCGUAAAGAGAUCGACGGAAUCGACGAUCGACAAGAGCAUAUCACCGCUCUUCUAGAAGGAGGCCUACAGGAGCUUGACUUUACAGCUAGGAAUAGCACGACUGGACUGCACGGAGCGCAAGAGAGAAAUUCACCAUGCGAAAACGAUUGUUUUGAAGACCUGCUUAAUAACUUGUCGUUGGAGGAUGAUGGUGAUGGAAGGUUGAAUGAACAGUGUACCGAAUAGCGAAGUAGCGCAAUAUUACGUGGUUGCUACUGAUGGUUGUAUAUUGUCGGAACAAGAACGAUUCGAUAACUUGUAGCGGCCGCUAAGUUGCGGUAAAACAAGGUCGCAGACCCGACACUAGGAUAAACGAGAUAAAAUCCUUUUUUAAUUAUAAUGAUGAUGAUCAUUGACUUUUUCCAUGGUGUAGAUGGUUUCUUAAUUUAUUUUAUGUUAAAUAUUUAUUUUGUUCUUACUUUGUACAUGAACGCUAUAUUAAAUCUUAUGUGACGCAAAGCAGAAAUCAAUAAAUAGCAAAAGAAUA